UUCGUGUGCUGUUUUGUCGGCGGUUUGUUUGGAUAUUCUCAACUGAUCUGUGCAUGUUGGAGGCAGCCAAGGGUUUAAUUUACCUCAAAACUAUCGUCCAGUACAACAGUUAGAUUUGGACUACUGUGUGACGAAGAAUGGAUGACUCCGCUAAACGCUUGUUGCAGCGAUUUAUGAGACGGAUACCGACUCAGAUGUUAAAAACAACGCUGGAGAAGUGGAGCCGUUUGACGGUGGCGCAACAAAAAUCCUUGGAUUUUACUCAGUCAAAAUGGGCGUUGACGGAAGCACUGCUCGACAUCUGUGAGGAAAAUAAAUGGACAACUAAACACAUCUCAGAACUCGAAAUGAUAUAUGUCAUUGAUAAUCCAAACCAGGGGAUGUGGCAUGCCUUCCAGCUCAUGGACCCUGAAGAUGAUGCUCACUCUGUAGAACUGACACAGUUCAAGGAGCAAUUUAAAUCUCACCUCAGCGAGCUCAUAAGACAUGUGUCUGUUAAAAUUAAGAAGCACACAGAUGAAGCUGUAUGGAUUCGGAUUGCAUGGGGAGACAGCUACUCUCGGCCCAACCACCUGAAACCAACGUAUGUUGUUCACUAUCUUCAAACCCCCUAUGUCUUUGUGACCAGCCUGACUUCAAAACAAAAGCCCCUAUUAUCCCAGGCCUUGGUUCUGUCCACCAGACAUCACGCUAUUAAGGAUGCUAACCUCAGUGGAAAGAAAUUCACGGCCAUUAGAGACCUGCUGAUGAGGCAGUAUCAACAGGCAUUUCCCACCAAGUAUCCCAGUCCUCUUAAAGAAAAGAAUCAAACAGUCUCAAACCCACUUAUAGAAAGAGAACAAGCUGGACCUGCAGCAAACAGACUUCAGAUGGCCUGUGAGGCCUUUGGUGAUGGGAUGUUACCUCAGCUACAGUCUGCAGUAUACAAGCUGGAGACAAAAUUCAGAGACCAAACCAACAAGACCAUGACAGAGCGGGAGGAGUCUUUCAGAUGUGUCGUCAAAUUUGCAAGCACCAACCUCCUGGAAUCACUAAGAGACUGUGCUUCCUCAGGAAUUGCCUCCACUCCUGUCACCCCUCUGCUCUCAUCCAUACCUCUGAAAGGAAGAAAUUACUUUGUCAUCACAGACAAUAGCCCUGGUCCCUCCUCACAAAUGCAUCAAAAAACUGAUGGUUAACAGACCAUUGAUUUAAAGGACUCAAGAGUGUGGCUUUUUUUCUACAGCCCACCCAUGAUUUGCUUUUAAUAUUCUAUCACUGAUCUUAUUGUGAAGAUGGCUCUUGAAGUGUCAUGGCUCUUUGGAUUUCAGAAUCAGUUAAUGUCGUCUUCUAUCUUAAUUUUGUUAGGUGGCAAUGGACAAUUGUCAUUUUAUUAUCUUUUGUUGCAGUACAGAUGGCAGAAUGUUGCUGCCAUCAAAUGUUAUAUAUGUCCAUGUUGAAAAUAAAAGCAGGAUUUUCAGUAA